AAAAAUCAACAUCGCCCUUUGGUCUCCUUCCAACCCAACCCAACCCACUCUUGUCCUCCUCCGUCAAAGCUAGGUCUACUUCAGCUCUUCGACGACUUCGGCCCAUUUCUCUCCUCCUCUCUACUCCUCCAGAUUACAUUCAUCCACAUCCAUCAACAUGCGUGAGAUUGUUCACCUCCAGACCGGUCAGUGCGGUAACCAAAUCGGUGCUGCUUUCUGGCAGACCAUCUCUGGCGAGCACGGCCUCGACAGCAAUGGUGUCUACAACGGUACCUCCGAGCUCCAGCUCGAGCGCAUGAGUGUCUACUUCAACGAGGCCUCUGGCAACAAGUAUGUUCCUCGAGCCGUCCUCGUCGAUCUUGAGCCUGGUACCAUGGACGCCGUCCGUGCUGGUCCCUUCGGUCAGCUCUUCCGUCCCGACAACUUUGUUUUCGGUCAGUCCGGUGCUGGAAACAACUGGGCCAAGGGUCACUACACAGAGGGUGCCGAACUUGUCGACCAGGUCCUCGACGUCGUCCGCCGUGAGGCCGAGGGCUGCGAUUGCCUCCAGGGUUUCCAAAUCACCCACUCUCUCGGUGGUGGUACCGGUGCCGGUAUGGGUACUCUGCUCAUUUCCAAGAUCCGCGAGGAAUUCCCCGACCGAAUGAUGGCCACCUUCUCCGUCGUUCCCUCCCCCAAGGUCUCCGACACCGUCGUUGAGCCCUACAAUGCCACUCUCUCCGUCCACCAGCUGGUCGAGAACUCCGACGAGACCUUCUGUAUCGAUAAUGAGGCCCUCUACGAUAUUUGCAUGCGCACCCUGAAGCUUUCCAACCCCUCCUACGGUGACCUCAACUACCUCGUUUCUGCUGUCAUGUCCGGUGUCACCACCUGUCUCCGUUUCCCCGGUCAGCUGAACUCUGAUCUCCGAAAGCUCGCCGUCAACAUGGUGCCUUUCCCUCGUCUGCACUUCUUCAUGGUUGGCUUUGCUCCCCUGACCAGCCGUGGUGCCCACUCUUUCCGCGCUGUCAGCGUUCCUGAGUUGACCCAACAGAUGUUCGACCCCAAGAACAUGAUGGCUGCUUCGGACUUCCGCAACGGUCGCUACCUGACCUGCUCGGCCAUUUUCCGUGGCCGUGUCGCUCUUCAUCGGAAACUCCACUUCUAUCCAGGAGCUCUUCAAGCGUGUUGGUGAGCAGUUCACUGCCAUGUUCCGACGCAAGGCUUUCUUGCAUUGGUACACUGGUGAGGGUAUGGACGAGAUGGAGUUUACUGAGGCUGAGUCCAACAUGAACGAUCUUGUCUCCGAAUACCAGCAGUAUCAGGAUGCUGGUAUUGAUGAGGAGGAAGAGGAAUACGAGGAGGAGCUCCCUGAGGGCGAGGAGUAAACGUACUCCAAUGUGCUGAAAUGACUGGCUGCU